AUGGAUAGCAGAUUGAAUCAAACAAAUUUCAUUCCAGUGAUCAUUAAAGAAGAGAGCAAGCCAAAAUCACAAUAAACAGGUAAAAAGACGAAGCAUUAAAACUUCUCAAUGCUUUAAAAUUACCUCCAAUAAUAAUAGACAUAACCAAAUCAAACUUAAUAAGAAGGAACAAUACAACUUUAGAUUAAAAGAGGUGGUAGAGAUGCCUUUGAUAGACAACAUAUUUCUAGGAAUAAAAAUAUGAUAGAUAUUUACAAUGGUGGGAUUAGCAGUGAUGCAAGACAUGCCAAGACCCCAAUAACUAUGUUUGAAAGAGUAAAUAAUAAUCGCAAAAAUAUGUUAAAUACUGAUUCUACUGCCAGCUAAAUCUAUGCUUCCAAACAAAAUGAAAAUCAUAUUAAUGAGUCUGCAAAAAUUGUAACACAAAGAGUUAAUACCAAAGAAAGCAUAAGAAAGAGCAUUAAUUUAUCAAAAUCAAGAUCUAAAUCAUCAAAGAAAAGUACCCCAAGGAAAAAAAAAUUUUACGAUCAAAGUCUUGUCAACUAAAGUUCAAUUAGCAGUGAAAAUAAUAAUCAUUCAGAUGACGAUAAACUUUAUAAGAUAGAAAGAAAUUUCGAUUAGAUCAAUUUAGAAAAUCCAGAAAAAGAAAGUAACUCAAAACUACUUUUGAAUAAUGACUCAGGUAUUACCUAUCCAGGGAUUAAGAUUAAAGGAGCAGAUUCUUUAAGAAAUGACAAGAAAGAUAGAGUAAAGAAGCGUUAGCAUACAUAAAAUAAUUAUAGCAAGAUUAAACAAUCACUUUAUGCUACUCAACUAAAUAAUGACUCAGCCUCUAAUUUCUACACAACAUAGGUAAAUGUAAUAUAUCCCUAAAGUAGCUAAAAGGGUAAUAGAGGAGAUAUUUUAUCAUAAAGCUCACCUAAUUCAAAAAAUAAUAGUUACAAAGCACUCAAAGAUAUUAAGAGAUCUCGAUAAAUUACAGAAGAUGAAAUGUAUAAGGUCAUUAACAGGAUACGAAAAUUAACUUUAGAGGAGGCAAGGCUUUCUAGAAGAGAACAUUCAUAAUAAAGCCAAAGAAAGGCAGAAUAAUUAGGACUACCAUAGCUAGAGAUAAGCUUUUAGCUAUAGCGUAUAAAGAAGUAGCAAGUUAAUGAGCUCUAUGAUAGAUAAGAAAGGAAUAGAAAAUAGAAAAUACAAAUUGAAAACUCAAUAAGAAAAAACAAAUAUAUUUAAAUACAUGAAAAUCAGCAACUAAGUUCUGCAGUAAAGGAGUCUCGUAAAAAAAUGCGCAAAGAAUAAAAGUACUUUGAAGAACAGAUGAAAGCUUAAAAAACUUACUAGCAUGAUGUUAUCAAGUUCUAUUAGGAUAAUUACAUCAAGCAAAAGAUUAACUAAUUUAGAGAGUAAAAGAUAUAAUCUGCUCGAAAGUAAAGAGAAUAGCAAUUUUACGAGUAACAGAGAGCAUUGAAGUCAAGAGAGAAGCAGCUUUAGUAAGCUAAACGAAUUGAGGAAUCAUUAGAGAAUAAAAUCAAGUUAAAAUAGACUGCAUCCCGUUUUACUUAUGAUCGCAAUAAAUCACCUGCUGGCUUGACAAAGUAUAAUAAUUCUUAUUUGAAUAGUUUGCAAAAUGAAAAUUCCCUUACUAAAUUUGAUAAGAGAGUACUCCACACUACAAUAUUUUGA